GAAUGUUGAAGAACGUGGAGCUUCUAGAUUGAACUGAAGGGCUCUCGAGAAGACAGUGAUGUGGCUCGGUGGUAACGAGAUCGAGGACAGCUGAUCAUGAAGACCACGACUUCAAUCUCCAACGCAUCGCUGCAGCCGGAUGCUUAUAACCACAGCGCACCGCACAGCUGCAGCAUCGACGAGUCCUACAAGUACGUCAUCUUGCCUCUGUGCUACUCCUUGACCUUCUUGCUCAGCCUCGUCCUGAACUCCACUGUGCUCCUUCGGUCCUACCGGUGCAGGAGCGGCCGUCAGUGGAACACCUCUCUGAUCUACAUGGUCAAUCUGGCCUCCACGGAUCUGAUGUACAGCUUCUCGCUGCCGUUCCUCGUGGCCAGCUAUGUGAUGCGUGACCAUUGGGUUUUUGGAGACUUCAUGUGCAGACUGGUGCGUUUCUUGUUUUACUUCAACUUGUACUGCAGCAUCUUUUUCCUCACCUGCAUAUCUGUCCAUCGCUACAUGGGAAUCUGUCAUCCGAUCAGGAACAUCGCUUUGGAGAGCAAGCGGGCGGUUAGGGGCAUCUGCGCAACGGUUUGGGUCAUAGUCUUCAUCCUUACGUGUCCAAUCGUCCGGUUUGCCAAAACAGGGGAUGUUUUGAAGAAAAUCGGAGGCGGGGUGAACGAAGCAACCGAUUCUUGGUCGGAGAGUGGCGGAGAUCCUGGAAAAGUCGAGGUCUAUAGGAACUGCUGGGAUGACGCAAUCGACAGUGAGUUUUCCGAAUACGUGCCUUAUGGAAUCGUACUACACCUUCUGGGCUUCUUCUUCCCUUUUACCGUAAUCGCUUGGUGCUACUCGCAGGUGGUAAAGACGAUCUUCCAAACGCUUCACUCCCAGCCUCAGGUGCAAGAAGAAGGGGGGAUGUGCGGCGGGGUCGAAGGGGUCAAAGACAGGACGUCCGUAUCCAUCUCUGGCUCCCAACAUGCCCCGUACCUCAACAGGCGGCGCAAGUCCAUUAAAACCAUCAUCACCAUCACCAUCCUGUUCGCGCUGUGUUUCCUGCCCUUCCACAUCACCCGCACGCUCUUCCUCGUCCUCAAGGAAACCAAAGCCGUCGAGUGCCAAACCAUGCGGAUGGUUUCCAUUUGCUACAAGAUCACUCGGCCGCUAGCUUCCUGCAAUUCCUGGCUCAAUGCACUCCUUUAUUACUUAACAGGAGACAAAAGCUUAGCCUGCUGUGGACGGACCAGCGCUGGGCACAACACCCACCUGCUCUGGCCUUUACAGAUUCUCGGAGGACAGAAAGAAGCUGAGGAACAAGAGCAAGGCAAUUCACAUAAAGCAGAGGAAGCUCACGAAAGUGACUCGAAAUCUUCAGGAAUAACAUAGAUGAGGUCGGGAAUGCACAGUCUCUAUGGGACAGACCUACUUUUAACGCUCUAGAUUUCAUAUUAUUUAUUAUUCAUUUAUGUUACUGAGCAAUUUCACACAAUCUUGAGUACUGCCGUAUGUUUUAUGCUAGUACCGAGCAUCUCUUUUAAAUGAUGUUUUUGGAGUAAUUGAAUCAACAAAUAACAUUAAAAUAAUAAUUCUUCAAAGCAUCAAAAUGGCAUUUCUUAUGCACAAAAUAAAGUUAUUAAAUGCUGACUGGCUAGAAGUAAAGUACAGUCAACAGGCUGAAAUGAUACACAAAAGAAACAGGAAGCAAAAAGUUACUAAUUGACAUCUUGUGACAAUUACACCCAUUGGCUCACACUAUUAGCAAGACUAAUAUGACCUGUAUGCUGUCGAGAUCCUGAA